AUGCGGAUGCUGGGCACUGAGAUCGACAAUUCCCUGGCAACAGCUCGCUCCGUCGAAUCUUCGCCAGGAAAUAUGAAGACUCUGUUCAUGAUAGCGGCGGCCGCACUAGUGCUGGCUCAGGCUGCGUUGGGCCUGCCCGCGGCGUCCUCGGCCAAUGACAAGUACCUUCAAGUGAAGCCGAUGCUUCAGACAAAGCCUGAGGUCAAGUCUCGUCCAAGUGCGUCGCAGUUGAAGAAACUCCAGUCGCAGGUCGACAAACCCAAACUCGGCAAUCUCAACGCUCCGCCAAUAAUUCAGCCGGUUGACGCGGGCAAGUCGUCUCUCUCCUCGUCUGACAUCAGCAAGCAGAUCGUGGGCGGCUCGUUGGCCACCCUCGGACAAUUCCCGUGGCAGACGCUGCUCUACAUUGACAACGCCUGGCUGUGCGGAGGUUCCCUGAUCCUCUCGCAAUGGGUCAUGACGGCUGCCCACUGCACAGGGGCCGCGUAUGACGUGAUCCUGGGCACCAUCAGCCAGAGCACCCUGUCCUCCGGCUACAUGUGGCUCACCUCGACGGUCAACUUCACCCACGAACUGUACGAUCACAACACCCUGGCCAAUGACAUCGCCCUCGUCAAGCUUCCCUCAGCAAUCACCUUUACCGCCACAAUCUCACCGGUGAGGUUGCCGACCAUGACCGACGCUGCCAGAAACCUGACGGGCCUCUUGUUCACUAUCAGUGGCUUCGGCAGGACCUCGGACACCUCUUCUUCCAGCCCCGAUCUGAGGUUCACUCAGUUGACGGUCGUUUCAAAUGCGGUUUGCGCUUCUUACUACGGCACUGGAUCCAUCUUCGCUUCGCAAAUUUGCACCAAACCAACUGGCACUUCCACGUGUCAGGGUGACAGUGGCGGACCUCUGGUGUUCAAGGACGCCGGCACCAACAACCUUUGGACGCAGUUCGGCGUGGUGUCGUUUGGCGCUGCUGCAGGGUGUCUGCAAGGGUACUCAGGAUACUCCAGAGUGACCUCCUAUCUCAGCUGGAUGUCCACGAAAAUCGGCCAAGAUUUGUCCGGGACAACAACCCUGGGAACAGGAUCGACCACGCCACCGCCGACGACUACAACUACAAAACCAACUACAACCACCACAAAACCAACAAGUACUACCACCAAGACGACAACAAAAACAACAACUAAAACCACAACUAAAACCACAACCAAGUUGACCACGAAGGCUGUGGGAAAAUAAAGCAACAACUUCUGAAUGUAUCUUAUUCUGAUUUUAAAACAA